AUGUGGAUGUUCCCAAGGCUUGCAACGUCAUCAUCGAUCCAGUGGCUCCGAUGGCGCUCAGACUACAGAGCAAUCUUUUAUGUCCAAGCAAUGCAUGAUAAGAUGAGGCAGAUGCUUAGAUCAGUUCCUGCUGGAGGAUUGGAUCCGUCUGCUGGAAAGGCCAGACCCGAUCAACUCGUCCUGCCAUAUGAUCCCUCCUUCUUACCCGAGAACAACCUCCCAGGGCUCGGUCUAGAUCUGUCGAAAUUGAAUAGACUGCUCGAGAUUGAUGCAAGUCAGCAAUCUAGCGUUUUGAUGCCCCAGACUCCAAACCUUAGUCAAUCGGCUCUGUCUAGCAGCUCGAUCUUGGGCUUGAAUCUUCCUUCCGACGAGAAUAUUCUGAGAGACCUGGGUGGAUUCAGCUCUGAAGCGGGCCCUGCCAGCUCUGUACAAGGUGGUGUUGAUUUGGGAGGAAUGAUUGCUUCGUCCCUCGACGAGGCAGGUGUGCUUCUCCAACCGGACUUCGAAUUCGACGAGGACGGCAAUAUAGUCGAGCUAGGGAUGAGAAACGAGAGUGAAGUGAGAGCCAGGCCUGUCAGCGAGGCUAGAGAGAACGGAGCCAAUGAGUUCGCAUUUGACGACCAGCCUCUACUCGUCGACGAAGACAUCGAGAUGGCAAUAACUAAUGAACCAGCUCGGCCGGCUCGCCCAGUCAUAUUCUCUGACGUGGGCGACGAUGCUCCGCGUGAAGCUGCGGAAACAGAGCCAACCGAGGUGAGGGCGCCACAGAGGCAGAGGGCUCCUAAGCUCCUUGCUUCAGACGGACAGACGGCGCUGCGCAAUGCUGAACUAGCUGCCAUGAACGAUGAAUACUUGCAUAACAUGGCCGUCGCCAGUAAGCACAAACGCCAGAACAAGGUAUCAACGCAGGCGAAAAAGAACGCCGAGUACUGGGUAUUUGGUCUAGGAAUCGGCUCCGUUGGAGCUGGUGUUGGGUCUACCCAAGUUAUGCACCCGCUGCAUUUCUUCUCCGGAGAGAACUUAUAUGAGCUCGUCCGCAAACGCCCUCUAGAAGAUGACCCAGAGGCUGAGGAACGGCGAGUCCGCGCAAGAGAGGACGAUGAGCAGGGUAGGAUUGACCUGGUGGAUGAAAUUGACCUCUGGAACGAGGAUGUUGAACUUGGCCGACACCAGUCACCGGAUCUCCACGAUGACAAUUCCUCGCAGAUGCCCUGGAACAUAACCGCCUCUGUGCAAAGCUCCCGCCACGGCGCACCCGCAGCCAACAUAUUCGGGGGCUUAGGAAGUGUGAGUGACUUUUCAUCUCGCGGCAUCGCUGAAUCAGUUGCCUCCUUUGGCAGAGCUGCGAGCGCCGGUCCCUCGGGUAUCGGACGGCGCAACCGCUUAACCAGCGCAAGCCCUCUUGCUGGACGCGGGUUUCCAUACGACUUGGACAAUCUGUCAAUUCCCGGUAACCUCGAUGACGACCUCGACAAGCUGGAGGGGUUUGACCUAACCAAUUAUCUUGACGACAAUGCCGCUGGUGAUAGCAACUCUACCGCAGAACCCGUGCGCCCAUCGCAAAGAAGUCAGCAGCUGCAGAACAGCCUCACCGAGUCAGUCAUGGACCAGGAGGGUCUCAACUUCCUGGAUUUCCUAGCCACGAAGAUAGACUCGCAGAAGCCAGCGGAGGAGUCAACUGCAAAUGCCUCCGACAACGCCGAAAUCACCUUCUCGACCCUCUUACCUCCUCAAAAGACCACCGCCGCGGUCGCUACCCAAGGCCUCAUGCAUAUCCUUGCGCUUGCUACCAAGGGCUUUCUCAGAGUGCGCCAGGAUGCGUACCAAGAUCAAAGCAGUGUGGACGAAGGCGUCCGUUAUGAGUAUGGGGAGAUCUUCGUGCGUCUAGUCGAGGUGUAG